CUGCUCAACGCUCUCGAGAGUCUCAACGCGUUGCUUGCGUUUUCCGCAAGUUGACAAGGUGUUCUCCGCAACACAGUGCUCACUGUAAUAGCAUCAUGGCUUCCCACGAAGGCCACGAAGGCCACCACCCCCCAGAGCACGGUGGCGGCGGGACCGGCGAUGACACAGACAGCGGGGGAGGCCAUCACGGCGGUGGAAUCGGCGGCGGACACUCCAUGGGCGGCAUGGUGUUGAAUUGGAGCAAUAAUGUCGUUAUCGUGUUUGACUGGUGGAGAAGCGAUAGUCCCGAAGGCCUCUUCGUUAGCUGCUGGGCAAUCCUACUCGCAGCAUUCCUAUUCGAAGCCUUCCGCGCCUUCCGAACGAAACAAGACAAACGGCUCGUUAAACUGCUCGAGACGCAACCGAGUGCGCUGGGUGCUUCGGCGACUGGUCCCAGUAGGCAUCGGUAUGGAUUGACGGGCGGGAUGGAAGAUGAGGAAAGGGAGGGGUUGCUUGGUGGCGAUGGGGGAGUGCGAGUGCCGGAGAGUGUGCUGAGGGUUGGGGAUGGUGGAAUGAGUGAGAGAGAGGGAGUUGGCCUACGAAGCUUGGAGGGUGCACAACUGGGACAGCAAAGAAUGGCAUUGGCAUGCAUCCGCGGCCGCUCGACCAUUCAGUUAUACCGGACCUUCUUACACGCCACAGAACUUUUAUUGGGCUACUUCUUAAUGAUGGCAUUCAUGACCCUGAACGGUUACAUAUGUACAUCACUCAUCCUUGGAGCCGCGUUGGGGUUCUUCUUCUGCCAGUCGCAGCCGGUACCGGCCAAUCGACAGGCGUGUCAUUGAUGGGUUUUUUGGACCGCAGGCUGGUCCGGUAUGUUAGGAAGCUGUUAAUGCUACCUCUAAUGGUGUUGGGCUAGGUGCAAUUGCAGCAUAAUCAGGGG